UCUGAAGUGGCAAAAUCUCAUACACUAAACACAAGAGAGAGAAAGAGAGUCGGAGAGCUCUCGCGCUUAGCCCAUCCAUCCUUUCAUGGCAGCCACAGCUCGAGCUUUCGUUCUCUCUCGCUUCACAGACCUAUCCCUAAGACCUCGCCAGCCUCCACAACCGCCUCCGCCAGCGCUGCCAUCUUUUUCCCGGCAUCGUCUUCUUCCUUCUUUGCAACGGCGUCGUUUCGCUAAGUCACCGGUCAAGGUUUGCUGCCUCAUCUCCGGCGUUGACGGAGGCGGUGUUUCCGAUGAGUUCGUUUCGACUCGGAGAUCCAGUUUUGACCGCGGCUUCUCCGUAAUCGCCAACAUGCUCAGGCGAAUAGAACCUCUAGAUACGUCCGUUAUCUCCAAGGGCGUUUCUGAUUCCGCUAAGGAUUCCAUGAAGGAGACGAUCUCGACUAUGCUAGGGCUACUCCCUUCGGAUCAGUUUUCCGUGACGAUAAAUGUUUCCAAAGGUCCUCUCGAUCACCUUCUCGUGUCUUCGAUUAUUACCGGGUAUACACUGUGGAACGCAGAGUAUCGCUUAUCGUUGAUGAGGAAUUUCGAUAUUCCGAUGGAAAAUUCUGAGAAGUUGAAACAAUCAUCGCGGGAAGGGGUUUCGGACGACCAAAAGAUUGAGAAUAAGGACGGUAAAAUUGUUCAUGAUAUUCAAGGAUUAGAAACAACGAGUCCUCAGGUUUUUGGGAACCUAUCCCCUGAAGCUUUGAAUUAUAUUCAACGGUUACAGUCGGAGUUAUCUAAUGUGAAGGAGGAACUGAAUGCUCGAAGGCAAGACAAUCUACAAUUAGAAUAUAACAGAGAACAUAGAAAUGAUCUAUUGGAUUAUCUUCGGUCUUUGGAUUCUAAUAUGGUGAUUGAAUUGUCGAAGCCAUCUUCGCUAGAGGUGGAGGAAAUAAUACACCAACUUGUUCAAAACAUAUCUCAGAGAUUCUUCAAAGAUGACGGGGAUUCAAAUUUUAUGGGGGAGUCAGUGACAGGGAACAGAGAAAAUCUUUCCGAUGACAGUGAUGAAUUUUGCAACUCCAUGGGCACCUCACGUGAUUACCUAGCGAAGCUGCUUUUCUGGUGCAUGCUAUUGGGUCAUCAUUUAAGAGGCUUGGAAAACAGAUUACAAUUAAGUUGCGUUGUUGGAUUGUUGUAAAGAGAGGAAAGUGGGAAAAUCAUGUAUAUUCUUACUGCCCUCCUUUUUUUUCCCCUUUUUAUCUAUAUUGUUUUCCUUUUCUUUUUCUAAAAUUAAUCUAAGUUAAGCCAUUCCCGAUCGAUCA